GAGUGUGUGUUUGUUUGUACCCAGGGCAGGCACUGAAUACCUGUUUGCGAUCCAGUAUCACAAGGCAAGGCCGGCUUCUUGGGCCGUUAAGACUAUACGUAGAUUAACUUUUUGUAUCAUUGAUUGUGGCUUAUACUGUAACAUCACCUCAAGGCGUUCCCGAGGAUAGUCCAUGAAUGGUUGGGAUGUGUUGGAUGGUUGGAUAGUAAUGACAUGGGGGAAGCUUCGGAGCCUGAUUGAUCUUCAUCAGUGACGUCUCAUUAGUUUAGGUAGUUUAGGUUAUUCCAAUCUCACGUACCUGCCUGCAUACUCCGUCUCUGCUCUCUACUCUGUUCUCCUCCGUCGGAUACAGUCUCCUUCUCUUGGGUUUAAUCACGUUAUCUUAUUCUUUUCCUUGUCGCUCGCUAAACCCUGCCUUUGCACCAACCAGAUUCUGACAGCUGAGGGCGAGACUGUUUUGUUAUCCUUCUUCUCGUCGCCUCUAGGCUACCUACAGUCUCCAGUCGCCAGUCGCCAGUCGCCAGUCGUCCGUCUCACACCGCAGGACAGAAAGGCUCUAGUUACAUACUGUUCUCUCUCUACCUACCUAGGUUAUUAGCUAGAGUACCAAGCUAGCUCAGGCCCAAAUUUAUUAGGACCCGACAAACAGACAGAUACUUCAAGUGGAGGAGGAGGACUCAGGACCCUGUUUGCCUAGACCAGAUUACACUGUCGGUUCAGUCCUGUCCUGUCCUGUCUGUCACUCACUGUCUGAGUAAGAGGGGCUUUCGCUCUAGUUUCGCUUCUCCCUCUCUCCCCGUCUCGCUCAGACAAUCCAAUCCCAAUUCCGCGCCCGCCGCUCUCGAGUCCGCCCAUCACACAUAUCCAGUCGUCCAGUCCGUCCCAUCCACAUCCAUCUCCGACCCAAGAUCCAUUUUCUCCGCUGAGCUCAUUCUACUCGAGAGCAGAGCCGACCCGACCGCCUCGAUUUGUUUUUGCGCACAACAAAUCCGUCACUCUUUUCCUUACGUCUUACUCUGUUGGCGACGGCGGUCAUCUUCAGCACCCGCAAUUCAUUAUUAUAUCCAUCGUCGACGUCCUUGACCCCUCAAUGCGACCCGCUCACGCCCACCAACCCUCGCCGUCCUAUACGAGGUAGACGCCCGAACCGCCAAGCCCAAGCGGCACUCACAUUUAUUCUCACGACCAUUCCCGAUUCCCUCGUCACAACUACUUCCAUCUACAGUCACCUGCCGCCAUGUCUUUUCGCGGCGACGACCAGCGAAGAUAUGGCCAUGUGCCACCUGUGCAGUAUCCGGUCGCCGGCCGCGGCCAAGAGUACCAGCAACAGCAGCAGCAGCAGCAACAACAACAACAGCCGCACUCAUCCUACGACGAUAUUGGACGCCGAGCUAGCUUCAACGGCGGAGACGACGCUGCUUAUAUUCAACCACCCGCCAACCGAUCUCCUGCCUUUGGUGGCUCAGGAGAGGAUGAGCUCUUCAUGAAUAACAAUGCGGCGGCCCGGCCAGGCUACGGUUCCACGAACAACGCGCUGUCGGGCUACCAGCACCAGUACCAAGAUGUACCCCCCACGCCGACAUACUCAUACAAUCCUCAAAGUUUUGCGCAAACUUCAGGCUUCUCGCGGUCGACAUCCACCAAUGCUCUACCAUUCCGCAACCAGCCCCAGCCUCAGCCCCCCUCGCGCUAUGCUUCGAAUGCCAGCUCCUACACACCGCAGGCUUACGACCCUUCUGCUUAUGCAAGCACCAAUGUCCCACAACGACAAGCUUCUUACCAAGGAUACAAUACAUAUGGCCAGUCAUAUGGGGCGCAAACAUCCCCUGGCUUCAAUCACUCUACAGGAAGUUAUCCCCAAUCGGUGGCUUCUCCUGCUUUAUCGUCCGGGUUUGAGCAGCCGUUACGGAGCCCCUCACUCAAUGCAUCGCCAGGCGCAGCACAGACCUCGGCAUAUGACCAGUCUUAUAGCCAAUACCCAGGCCAAUUGUCUAAUGGGGGAGGAUCUUUUUCAAGCGCUUCGCAGCCUCCAUAUCCUACCGCGACGCAAAUGCCAGUCGGGCCAUAUUACUCCCCGAAUGAGCAUAAUUCACUAUAUAAUAGAGGGUCUCGUUCAAACUCACAAGCCUCGCCUAUGGGAUCACCUGCGAACCCUGGAUCAACAUCACCCGGACUGCAACGGCACCCGACGAAUGCACCCUUGCCAAGUCGUCCUGUCGACGAUGAGCUCACCUGGAGUGCCGGACAUGAACGCAUUACGAGUGACAACCUUAUGCAAGAGUUGGAGCUAGAAUUGGGCGGUUCUGGACAAGGCUACCGUCCGCUUCCUGAGCCUGAGAAUGGUCAUUAUGAUGACGAUCUUCAUGGCCAGCGAUUGCAACGUUUUGACUCAGGUGCCACUACGAUUCCUAACAAUGCUAGCCGGACGACAUCCACGCGAACUGGUCAGACAGCUUAUGAGCCUGAGGAAGAUGAUGACGCAUAUGGUGAGGCUGGUCUGAUGGCCAUGCGGCAAGCUGAGCUUGACGAACAGCGCUUCAGUACCGGCUUCGGAUAUACGGACAUGCCUGCUAUGCCAGAACCCUCUCCAGAGCCGGCUCCUAUCAACUCUUUGCCACCGAAGGCGUUACAUACUCACCCUGAAGAGCAAGGCCACAGCAGCGACAGUGAUUUUGCUGGUGUAGACUUAGGAAUGCUAGGGGGUGGAUUUGGUGGCACUUUGACAUACGGCGGGGAUGUUGGAUCUCCACCCGCCUCAUCCGGCCAAGAUACUGGUCGACCCCUGCCCACGCCAGGCUAUUUCACCCGUGCAUAUGAUCAAGGGGAAAGCGUGCCUGCGUUCAAGACGGCAGAAAUAGACUACGGCGGUACAGGAGGCUUGCAGCCCCCAACACAACAUCGGCUGAGCUUCGAUGAGGAGGACGAACGAGUAUCACUGCGGUCUCGACAGAGCGGAACGGAGUCUCCUAGUAAGGAUGAACUGCAAGAUCUGUUCUACCACCCGGGACUAUCAAACCGACCCCUCCCAGCUAUCCCGGGGCCAGGAUCCGAUAGCAGCUCGAUGCUCUCGGUUCAGACCAACAACCGACAGCAAUACCAACACGCAUACUCACGUAGUACCGAUUCGCGAUUUGGUGCGCCGGAUAACCCUGAAGCUUACUAUACGGGCAAUCAAGCUUACAACCUGCAACCCGAACGAUCCAUCUCUUUGGCUGGUCAUAGCCAUACUCCUCAGGUGCAAACACCUGCUCGAUCCAGGACUGAUGCUGCCGAAGAAAGGAGGAAGCUCGCCAGGCACGGCCAUCAGCAAGUGCCAUCGAACCAAUCUUUCCCGGAAUACGAGACUCCUGCUGGCUCGAUAGCGGCCUUUGAUGGAAUCACACUACCAAGCGGCCGAAAGAAGAAGUUCAUCCCUUCCAAGCUUAAUGCCUCUGAUUUCCGCAGAUGCACUGAGCCAUGGGCGCUCAGCGGUCUUGAAAAUUGGAUUCGUGAGAUGGGAGAAGGUGAGAUGGAUCUAAGGACCAAGACGAUCGAGGAGGCUUUGAUCAACCUCUUCACUGGCAAGAUUCCCAUGAUGAAUGUGGCGGAUGCCGAAGUUCUUAGCACACAUGUAGUAUCACUGAUGCUGGAACGAGGUGUGCUUGUGCCUGAUGAAGAAUGGGUCAAAUUUGGAAACGGCCGCAUCUCUGGAGUUUUGUGGCAACUGACCGGCUCUGGUUGCUAUGCUCCCAAGGUCCACGACGAAGAGAUUGGUGGUCGGUGCUACUCUCAUCACUGCACGCGUACCAUCAAGAAGGUUGACUUGGAGGAGCUCGCCCAGGACUCUCAACCUGCAGACGAGUGGCACGUCUUUUAUGGUCUUACAAAGGCCGACUGGGAAUCAAAGCCCAAGAAGGAGGUUGAGCGUCAGAACAUUUUACACGAAAUUGUUACUGGCGAGGAAAACUAUAUCAAGCAGUUGGAUAUCUUCCGCAGGUAUUACAGGGAUCAGCUUCGGGCCAUGCAACCCCCUGUCCUGAAGCCCGAGAAGCGAGACAAGUUUUUACAUACGGUGUUUGGAAAGCUUGACCAGGUCCAGGCAAUCAACAAGGACCAUCUUUUGUCGCAGCUCAAGUAUCGGCAACAAGAGCAGGGUCCUUGGAUCAUUGGCUUCAGCGAUCUGUUCCGAGAAUGGAUUCGCAAGGCCAAAUCAGUCUAUAUCGAGUAUGCUUCGGCUUACCCCAACGCAGUCUAUCAGGUUCGAAGGGAGGCCGAUCGCAAUAUUCUCUUCAAACGAUUCUUGGACGACAUGCAGAAGCAAAAGGUGUCUUCGAAGCAAGAUUGGACACAUUACUUGAUCGCGCCUAUUCAGCGCCUUCAGCGUUACUCCCUUCUACUCGACAGCGUCGAGAAAAAGAUGCCAACCGACAGCGAGGAAAAGACGAACUUAGCCAAGGCCAUCGCGGAAAUCCGACAAGUCACUCUCGAGUCCGAUCUCAAGGUCGAAGAACAAAACAAGAGAGUCGAAAUGAUGGAACUGAACAGAAUGCUCGUGCUGCGGCCAGGUUUCCAUUCUGUUUUGAAUCUCGACCACCUUGGCCGUGAGUUGAUCUUCCAAGGUGACCUACAAAGAAUGGGAUCCAAGGGAGUUAGAUGGGUUGACACACAUGCUUUGCUAUUCGACCAUUACAUGAUCCUGGCCAAGACGGUGACUCCCAAGGAGGGCAAGGACAAGAAGUAUGAUGUUUCCAAGGAGCCCAUCCCCAUGCCUCUCCUGUUUCCUGAGAGCAUCAACGACGAACCGGUUCAGAAGCAAAAGGGCAUCACUGCUCCAUUGGGAAGAACUACGGCGGCGGCCGCCUCCAGCACUCAACUUAAUAAGGUCAGCAGUAACACUAGUAGACCUGGUCUGGAGCACGCAGCGACAAACUCGUCUAUGGCCUCUGGUACACCGACCGGCUCGAACGACACUGAAGGAAAGAUCCUGUAUCCGUUCAAGGUCAAGCAUCUGGGUCACGAGGUUUAUACUCUGUAUGCAUCGUCAGCCAAGGAUCGUGCCGACUGGUGCAACAUGAUUAUCGAAACCAAGACAAGGCAUGCCAAGGCACUCUUCUCUCAAAAUGCUGAGCCAUUCAGGCUGCGGGUUCUCGCGGAUGCAGCUUUCCACUACGACACCGCCUCCAUGUACGCAAGGUUCUCCAGUGUUGCAGUCAAGGGCACUCCUCUUGACCGGGCAAUUCACGAGUUGGAGAGCGUGCUAGGACCUGCCCAGGGCGUCGCCCCUGUAUGCCGUGCUCAAGUUAACUGCGCUACCAGCUUCACUGCCUUUGGCAAGUCUGUUAUCGCGAUCGGAACUGAUUACGGAGUUUAUAUCUCGGAGCCAUCAAAUCCUCGCGGAUGGCAGAGGACGGUCCCAGCAACUCGUGUCACUCAAAUUGCUGUCCUUGAAGAAUUUUCUGUCUGCGUGCUUAUUGCCGACAAGAACCUCAUUUCAUAUCCUCUAGAUGUGGUCGCCCCAGUGUCUGACUUCUCGGCCCCUGUAAAUGAUAGCCCUCGACGGGCACCACAGAGACUUGCCAAGGAUGUCACCUACUUUGCGACAGCUAAGAUGAAGGAAAGAAUGCUCCUGUUCUACAAACGAAAAGAAGGCCUGCAUACAUCAUUCAAGGUUCUCGAGCCUAUCUUCCAGAAGUCUACCGAGAAGAAGUCUCGGCUCUUUGGCGGACGAAAGACCGGUGGUGGUGGAUGCGCGGAGACAUUCCGCGACUUUGACGAAUUCUUCUUCCCAACUGAGUGCUAUUCCCUCAGUCUGUUCCAAACAUAUAUUGCAGUUGCGACAGCGAAGGGAGUCGAGAUGCUCACCCUGGAUAAGAAGCAGCCUAUGUCUAUUCCCGACCUUAAGGCGCCUGCAAUUGCCAACAUUGCCAGCCGCAUCCGAGAUCAGAAGCCGCUCGGCAUGUUCAGGCUGAACGAGAACGAAUUCAUCGUGACAUAUGAGGACUGCGCUGUGUACGUGGACAAACACGGCGAUGUCAGCCGCACGCUGAUCAUGGAGUACACGGGCAAACAGAAGAAGGCCCGUGGUGCGACCAUGUAUGGACAGUAUCUGCUCCUCUUUAACGAGGACUAUGUUGAGGUGCGCAACGCGGAGAACGGACGAUUGCGCCAAAUCAUCGCCGGUCGAGACGUGCGCGUGCUCGAUCUCGGCGUCCGUGGACCGACUGGCCGAAGCACGUUGAAUCCGCAGUCACACAGUAACGGAUAUAUGCAGUCGACAAGCGCGGGUAGCGAAGGGUCAAAGGGCACCGUCAAGAUUGCCAUGGCCCAUCCGGAGCUCCCAGGUCGACAGAUCGUUUUGGAGAUGCUUUUGAACGACGGACACACGGAGAAAUGAGCGGAAGCGAAUGAUUGAUAAUGGUUACGAUGAUGAGCAAGCAUCUCUGGAGACUCAGUAUCCACCCGGCGUGGGCACAAGGUCUUGAAAUAUGAAUGACUUGAGAUCAUGAGAUGAACAAUCAAAUUGAUGGGCUGUUUAGAAGAAAGGGAUAAGGCUUAUCUUUUCUUUGAGUCUGUACAUGUACAUAUCGGCACUGGUCUGCUUCCUCACUUGACGCUCCAUGGCCCAGCGGCCAGCUAAUGAUUGGAUGGAUGGCCGAGGCUAUCUAUGGCGAGGGGAAAUAUUUGUGGCAGGGCGUUCAUAGGUGGUGUAUAAGAAGUUGCUGGUGGUGUAAAUGCCAUCAUGAAUGAUACCUGAAGAACAAUCUAGAGAGAUAUCUACCUAUAGUGGAUUUGGAUUAUAAUGACAAUGAAGGUCACUGGCUGUUGCAUAGCUGGUAUGAUAUACCUACCUACCUAGGUAGAUAACCACUGUGUGGUUUGAUAUUUCACUCAAAUUAAGAUAUGCAAGCCAUGUCUUGUACGUGUUUGUUUGUUGAACC